AUGGCAAAGUUCACAGUUAUGAUUGAAUCGAACCGCCCGUUUCCUAAACAGUCAUUGGAUAUUGCUCUCUGGCACAACAUCUCUAGUGAUGACGGGUGGACAGAGAAUAAACUAAAUAGUUCCCCUGGUGCUCCCCCUCUUGCAAUCAGUGAGAAGACGACAAAGAAUUGCUUCCGAUUAGUGUUCGUUGCUGAGGUACCCUUUCCUGAAACUGGGAAACACGCAUCUUUUACUAUAAAGUACGGAACGAACGACGGUAGUGACUGGCAAUGGAUCAAAGAAAAAUUUGGGAAAAAAGAUGGAGAAAUUAUUAUCGAGCCACAAGAUUUUCCUUUGAAAUGGAAUCCUCACAGUCUGCAAAACUAUUUGCAUUCGUUGAAUAAUGAUCUUGAUAUUAAACCUCGACUAAGUGAAGCAUCGGGCGCUUUGCUUUGGAGUAUUAUGGGACCGGUUGGGCCAGCUAUUAAAGAAGAGAGUAAAAGAUCCAACAUUAUUCUCGGCACACCAAAGGAAUUUGUUCGAACGUUCUCUCUAGUUCGCAUUUCUUCUCCGUGGCUUGCUCCACGGCACGGAACAACAAGCUAUAAUUUGACAGAAGACUCUAUACUUUCAUCUUUCGUGUAUAAAGACGGGGUCGUGCUGGUGCUACUAUCUGUGAGUGGCAUUGAUAAUGUUCUGACCGUCUUUCAAUCAGGAGCAGGGGGCGAGGUUAUAAUACAUUCUCGAAAUGAUAAUAGCUAUGCAGCUAAAUCCAAAGUUAUUGCUGCUAUUGCCACUUCUUUUGAAAUUGCAAUGGCAGCAGCAAUAUAUGAAGCUCGAAAAAUGGUGCAGAGUUAUUCUGGGGAUUCACAGCAUAUAUCUUUGCCGGACGGAAAUUAUGGCCCUAUUCAAGAGGAGGUGAAAAAUGAACCAACUACUCAAUGGCUAUCGGAAUGGUACGAUGGGCUAUCGUACUGUACAUGGAAUGCUUUAGGGCAGAACUUGACAGAGGAAGAUAUUUUGAAUACCCUCAAAUCUCUCAAAGAAAAUGGGAUUGCGGUGUCCAAUCUCAUCAUCGAUGAUGGAUGGCAGACUUUGGAUAAUGAGGGAAAGCCGCAGUUUGAACGGGGUAUAAAACAUAUCGCUGUAUGGCACGCUCUAAUGGGUUAUUGGGGAGGAAUUUCACCAAGUGGUGAACUAGUCUCACAGUAUAAAACAUUAGAGGUUAAAAUAACCGAUAAGAUGGGCAGCAGAAAGAUGAAAAUAAUCGAUCCAGAAGACAUAGCUUCCUUUUAUAACGACUUCUACACCUUCUUGUCCGCUGCCGGUGUUGAUUCGGUGAAGUCUGAUGCACAAUUCGCCUUGGAUACGUUUGACAAUGCGAAUGUUCGGCAACGCUGUAUGGCAACUUACCAAGAUUCCUGGUCCAUAUCAAUGUUACGGCACUUCCAAGCAAGAGCCAUAUCCUGCAUGUCACAGGUGCCCCAAAUAAUAUUUCACUCCCUUUUGCCCACUAAUAAACCACGUCUUUUGUUGAGGAACUCGGACGACUUCUUUCCAGACGUGGAAUCUUCUCAUACUUGGCAUAUUUUUUGCAAUGCACAUAACAGCCUGUUGACAAGAUACCUUAAUGUUAUUCCGGAUUGGGAUAUGUUCCAAACGUGCCACUCUUAUGCAUCGUUUCAUGCAGCUGCCAGGUGUGUCUCUGGUGGUGUUAUUUAUAUAACUGAUAAACCCGGGAGCCACGAUCUAGCUCUUAUAAACCAGAUUACCGCUCCCACAGCCCGAGGAGAUACAGUGAUCCUGCGUCCAAGUGUUGUGGGUUACACAAGAGACAUGUAUAACAACUAUGAUGAAGGGUAUAUGUUGAAAAUCGGGUCAUAUGCUGGUUGGGCUAGAACCGGAACUGGAAUUCUGGGUCUGUUCAAUAUUGCUUCAGAUGAAAGGUCUUCUCUCAUUUCGAUAUCCGAAUUUCCCGGAAUUCUCUCGAGCAAUGACAAUGAGUAUGUCAUUCGCAGCCACAUUACGGGAAAUGUCACUCAAGCAAUGGGACAAUCCGAUACUCACUCAAUAGUUUCAGUAACACUUAAGCCAAGGGGAUGGGAUAUUCUCACUGUGUACCCUGUUUACACAUUUGACAUUCCUGAAAAGGGGGAAUCCCAGGUUUUGGACAUAAAAUCUCAAGUCAAGGUCGCGGUACUAGGGCUGCUUGAUAAAAUGACUGGCGCUGCGGCGAUAAUUGGCUCGGACAUAUCGAUGGUUUCAGGAAACGACCUUCGAUUUAAUGUUACUCUGAAGGCACUCGGCACCUUAGGCCUAUGGAUUUCUGAUUUGGAGGAAAGGCAGGUAAUGGAGAAUUUUAUGGUGCUUCUCCAUGGGCAACCUGUGUCAGUUGAAACAGUACAGAAGGGAAUGGAUGGCCAGGCCUGUGUUCUUUCCAUCGACAUUCUGGCCGCUUGGAAAGCGAUGGAUUUGGACUCUGGAUGGGGUAAUGAAGUAAUGGUUCAGAUACUGAUGAUGUAG